AUGGCUUGGUUUCUGGCCAAGGUCUCCUUCAUAUUGCCUCUCGUACUUCUGUCCUUCCCAGACACAUCCUACAGUCUCUUGAUCACCCGCCAGGCUGGACCUCCUAGCGUGACUUUGCACAACGGAAGCUAUCAUGGCACUCAAAACCCGACCUAUGGCCAAGAUUUCUUCCUAGGAAUGCCUUUCGCGCAACCACCGGUUGGCGACCUCCGUUUCCGGAAUCCAGUCUCUUUAAACACGACCUGGACAGGCACGAAGAAUGCAACUCAGUACGGCCAUGCAUGCUAUGGAUACGGAUCCGACGAUUGGGUCCUUGGGAAUCCUGUGAGCGAGGACUGCCUGACCAUCAAUGUUGUCCGUCCCACUGGGACGAAGCCCAAUGCGCAGCUACCAGUUGGGGUAUGGAUUUAUGGUGGCGGGGCAUAUAUGGGUAGUAGCUUGGAUCCGCGCUACAACCUCUCUUUCAUUGUGGAGCAGUCUGUCCAGAUGGGCAAGCCCUUUAUUGGAGUCAGCUUAAAUUACCGCCUGCAAGCAUUCGGAUUCCUCUUUGGGUCGGCCAUUCUGAAGGAAGGUGUCACUAACAUAGGGUACAGAGACCAACGAUUAGCACUGCACUGGAUUCAGGAGAACAUUGCGGCCUUUGGCGGAGACCCUGCGAAAGUCACUAUCUGGGGUGAGAGUGCUGGAGCUGGGUCGGUAGGCGCGCAACUGCUUGCCUACGGUGGCAGAGACGACAAGCUCUUUCGCGGUGCAAUUCAAGAAAGUGGCGGGCACAUCAACUCUGUUCGCCAGACCAACGCUUCGACCUGGGACAAGUAUUACAACAAUAUCACUCGGGCCACAAACUGUAGUAGGGCCUCCGACACAUUGGCAUGCCUGCGUAAGGUGCCCAUCGGCGCUCUUAACACUGUUUUGAACAGCAGCGUAACAGCUUCCGUCCCUUACUGGGGCAUGGUGGUCGACAAUGACUUUACCAUUGCCACUGGUACUCGGCAACUGCUCGACGGCAAGUUUGUCAAGGUCCCCUUGCUUCACGGCAGGAACAGUGACGAAGGAACAAGCUUCAGCCCGAAGGGCAUCAAUACCACGGAACAGUUCCUGGCCAGCGUGAUGUCAGCGGGACCGGACAAUGCCACUGCAGCAACGAUCGCAGCUCUGUAUCCCGAUAUCCCUGCGAUUGGCAUACCCGCCACGUUAUCAGGUCGUCCGCCGCCCAAUAAUGCAUCGCUAGGUGUCCAGUGGAAACGUUCAGCAGCCUAUGUUGGGGAUCUGCGUCAACAUGCGUCGCGACGCCUAAUUUCGCAAGUCUAUGCAGUCAACAAUGUCAGCAGUUGGAGCUACCGUUUCAACGUCUUGGUCAAUGGUCAAGCGCCUGCCUCUGGCGCAGCGCACUUCCAGGAGGUUGCUUUUGUCUUCCACAACUUAGAAGGCCUGGGAUACAACAACUCGGUGGCUGUGGACCCGUUCGAGAACAAGCCGCAAAGCUACCAGAGAUUGGCAACGAUUAUGAGCCGCAUGUGGAUCGGCUUCAUUGCUGAUGGAGAUCCGAACACGAACAAAGCUACAUCGAUUCAUUGGCCCGUGUAUACUCUGGAUAAUCCUCAGAAUAUCGUCUUCGACGCCAACGUCGCAAACUUGCUGCACGCUGAGCCCGACUAUUACCGUGCUGAAGGCAUCCGGUUUAUCUCUGAUCGUUUCAUUUCUGUCUAUGGACGAUGA